GCGUCGACCUCUCCACGGCUGACAUUUUUCGGUCCCUCAGUUUGACAUCACGGGUCGUGUCGGAGCCGCAGGGACGCCGAUGUUCACAGGAAUUGACGUCAGGCCUGAUUUUCUGCUCCUGACAGGAUCACCGGUCUACUGCAUUCCCGAGGACCCCGCUGGUCUCUUCAGGCUCACUUUCCCCCUACCCCAACUCCAUCUGAGCUCCCAUUACGCAGCAGGUCGCGAGCCUCGGGGCAGACUGACUGAAACGACCUCUUUGCUCACCAGCUAUCAUUACGCACCUCUGUAGGAAAAGAUCAGCGUCCUCAAUUCACUGAAGAAGACAUGCUUAUCUGCUCCCCUCAUGGCCGUGCCUCUACAGCCACCAGCCUCUGUGACCUUGAGUUGGUGUUCCUGCUGGCUCUAGGUGUGCUGCUGUGCCCCAUGGGCCAAGUGAUGGGUCAGGAGAAGAGUCAGACGCAGUCACCUGCCCAUGUGCUACAGGACUUGCUGUCCCGCUAUGGGGACAACAGCACCAUCACGGUGCCUCAGCUGCGUUCUCUCCUAGCAGCACUCAGCCAGAGUCAAAGUGAACGUGACAACGACAGCAGCAGCUCACCUGAAACACCACCAACCACACCUCCACAGUUCAACAGCUCCAAGUGCUUGCCUGCAGACACACUGGCUAUUUACAGCAUCAGCGAGCAGUCGCGGCUGGAUGGCCCGGGUUUGCAGGAGCUCUGCCCCACCAUGCUGCAGCAACUGGAUGCUGGUAGCUGCAGGCCACAAAAAAGGGAGGAGCAGAGCAACAACACCUCCCCCAGACCCUCAGACGCUGAAGUUUGGGGCUAUGGGAUCCUAUGCGUGACACUGAUCUCUCUGUGCUCGCUGGUCGGGGCGAGCGUGGUGCCCUUCAUGAAGAAAACCUUUUACAAGCGACUGCUGCUCUACUUCAUAGCCCUGGCCAUUGGCACGCUCUACUCCAACGCCCUGUUUCAGCUCAUCCCAGAGGCCUUUGGAUUUGACCCUAUGGUAGAUUUCUAUGUGUCCAAGUCUGCUGUGGUGUUCGGAGGCUUUUACCUCUUCUUCUUCACUGAAAAAGUCCUCAAGAUGCUUCUAAAGCAAAAACAAGGGAGCCACGGCCACAGCCACUACCCUGGUGCAGAUCAUUACUCGACCCCCGACCGGGAUUUGGAGGAGGGGGAGAAGGAGAAGCUGCAGCAGAAUGGAGAGGCCAGCAGUCUGGCUCUGGGCAAAGUGGACGCAGGGGAGGGCGAGCUCAUGCUCAGCCCUGCACAGACACCACAGGACUCCCAGAGUCCAGACAGCGGUGGGCGGUCAGGCAGCAGUGGUGGUGGCUGCUAUUGGCUGAAGGGAACGACCUACUCUGACAUCGGCACGCUGGCCUGGAUGAUCACACUGAGCGAUGGCCUGCACAACUUUAUUGACGGCUUGGCUAUCGGGGCCUCGUUCACCGCCUCUGUUUUCCAGGGUAUCAGCACCUCUGUGGCGAUCCUGUGUGAGGAGUUCCCCCAUGAGCUGGGAGACUUUGUGAUCCUGCUGAACGCUGGCAUGAGCAUACAGCAGGCUCUCUUCUUUAACUUCCUGUCGGCCUGUUGCUGCUACCUGGGCAUGGGCUUUGGGAUCCUGGCUGGGAACAGCUUCUCUCCCAACUGGAUCUUUGCCCUGGCAGGAGGAAUGUUCCUCUACAUCGCUCUGGCAGAUAUGUUUCCAGAGAUGAAUGAGGUGAGUCGCGAGGAAGAGAAUGCAGGCGGCAGCAGCUUUCUCCUCACCUUUGCCAUCCAGAACGCUGGUCUGCUGACGGGCUUCGCCAUCAUGCUCCUCCUUACGAUGUAUUCGGGACAAAUCCGCCUGGCCUAGCACCAGAGGCCUCUGAAGUCGCCAUCAGCUGGUUUGCGCUGUUGGAAGCUGAGUCCAAAAGGAGGGAGCCUGAAACUUUCCUCCCUUUUGUUCCUCUUCUCGUUUUUUCAGGGUUUUGAAGUUUUGGGAUUUUGGUUGUGUGGCAGGUACGCACAAUCCUCUAUUGAAAUUAUAUGAGAAGCCGCUUUAGUCGAAGUCCUACAUGCAGUAGGUUCGAGGCCGAGGGUGUGACAGCCUUCUCUCCUCAGCCUUUUCCUCAUAACUGCCCCCUGAAAAAGUCCCGAAACAUCAACUGAAGCAGUCGAAAAGGAUGAUUAGACUGGAUGUGCAAUACACCCUCACCCCUUCUCUCAAACGUUUCCCAUUAUUCCAGACGUUGGCCAUCUUGUUUUUUCCUCCCCAGAUCCUUCAUCCUCUUCAUCCAUCCUGGUGGAUGUCCUUGAGCCUCCAUUCAGGCCAGUUGAGAUUCAUACAGAGUAUUUCUAUCAGUAAUCCUCUGAAAAGCACAAUCGGGUGACAGCAGCUGUAUUACAAACAUCUUUGAUUUCCAGACUCCAUAAUUCUUCCCACUUUCUUCAUUCCAUACCAAAAAGCAAAUCUUAAAAGAUUUCAACUGGAAUUAUUAUCCAAACAAUCUGACUUCCAGCUGGACUUUGUUGUCUGUGUGUUGAUUUUAUAUUUUUUUAUAUAUGAAUACUGACUUUUAAAGACCAAAUGUGGGCAGACCACUGAGAAUGGUGAAGGGCUACGCAGUGAUGUUUGGAAGCGCCAGUACCUCCUAAGGACUCCCGGGUCACACAUGUUAAGGAGCAAAGUGGCUUCAUCCAGAUGACGGUGCCGGCGGCAUUUCUCCGUAGUUUGCCAUCUGUGCCCUUCAUUAGAAUAGCAGGUGAAAAGUUAUAGCUUUUUUAUUCCUUCUAAUCUUGAAUUCAGAGUGCAAACCUGCAGUGUUCACAUAUCCCAUAGACUAUUUUUCCCAGAUUAUCUAUUCUUUUACAGUGUAGUUGUAGUAGUUGUAACAGAAUACUGUAAGCUGAAUCUUACUGUGUAACCACGCUCCUGUCACCUCAUCUGUGACCUUAUCCAUGUUAAUCAUCCAUAUUAAGAACACUACAAUGAGCUCCUGUACUGCUUCUUGUGACUUGCAUUUGUUGUAUGACCAAAGGUAUGUGGACAGACCAGUCUCAGAGCUCCUUUUUGUUAGGGGGGGUGUUUUUUAGGGGGUGUCUGGCCUGCCUUCUAACGUCUUUUAACUGUGAAAACAGUCUGGCACAACCCAAGCCCCAAGUUAUGGCUCAAGCUGAGGUUUACUGUUCAGAUUGAUGCCACUCCACUAAAGGAAAUCAAAUGACAUUAAUACUAAUGAUUAAAAUAUUUUUAAAAUUCAGAAAUCUCUGGUUUCAGCAUCUGCAUUCACUUUCUUUGAGUUUUAGCAUGUCAGUUGAGAAAGGAUAAAUAAUAAACCGGUAUUCGGCGUUACCUAAGCGGUUUCUGACGCGUGCGCUCAAACACUCACAAAUCCAAACUUUGCCUCCACUUCUUCUUUAUUGUUAAAGACAACAUGCACUUCUUGUCCUUCUGGUUUAGCAUUAGUUAUGCAGCCUACCUUAACAUAGUCAAUGCUGACAUACCUGAGACAGGCCACAGUCAAAAACCGUUGUGCUUCCCCGUUAACGCACCUGAAUGAAUGAAUAAAUCCUUUGCCCUAUAAAUGCACUAACUCAUAAGAUAAGUGCCCCCUAGUGUCCAAAUGCAUACAAUACGAAGAAAGAAAGAAAAUGGCUCUUAUGAGGAUAAAAUGCUAAAACUCAAACAAGGAUGGACUUUCUGGUUAUUUUAUGGCUUUUUUUUAAACUGCACUUUUUUCACAUUUCUUAGACCAGUUAUUAAAAUGGGCUUCUUAUCCUUAUUUAUAGUCAUGGAUGCUCAUAUUAAACGUGGCUAAGUUUAAAAAAAAAAAAAAAAGCUUUUGGACCCAUGUCAUCUCAGAUGGGAAGGAUGUCCCUAAUAUGGUCAUCCCAGUCACAUGGCUCUGGCUGCGAGCACAGGAGCCCCACCCAGAGUUUUUGUUUGUGAGAAGAGGCCAAUCAGAAGAAAGCUGGCAUAAAGGGAGGAAGAAGGGAGCUAAAGCUUGUUUCAUUAAGAUUAAGAUAAGUACGGGUUAUUUGGAUCUGUGACUCAUGCACAGCUACUCCAGCAGAGUGCAAGACUUAAAAUAUCUAGUUGGACAUUAGACUGAUAGGUCCACUUGAUAAUGUAGAUAAUUAUUAUUUUCACCCAUAUAGUCACAGUUUGCAGAAGGCUGCUUCCCGUGCACAAAGCCAUGAUCUAACCAAGAAAAGCUAUCCCCGCAGGUGAUGCCUGAUGAGAUGCGGUGAUGUACAAAUGUCAGUAAAGUUUGAUGGAAAGCUUGAAACUGGAAACGUAGCUGCGGUUACAGCAGGAGACGGGGUGCUGCGUUUGGGUGUCCGCAUACAUUUGGCCACGCAGUAAAGAAAUUGGAGCUUCGGGGGGACCAGUUGUUGUGCAUUACACAGCAGUGUAAGGCUGUCGGGUUGCUUUUUCUCAGUGUGUUGCUGGUGGAUUACAGAGAUUUUCCCUCUGCUUAAUACUGAGAGUUCAGCAGAGCUGAUGUGAUCCAUAAUGUAGCAUCUUUACAUACUUUUCAUAUUGUGAGUGUAGAUUAGAUUUAUAGAAUAUUAUUUAUUAGAGCCAGAAACUGGAACCCGUAAGGUUUACAAUAAAGAUGAUGAUGCAGUUCCAGGAAGGAGAAGGCAAGCCAUUAUAAAGUUAAGUAUAUUAAGUGGUACAGUGAGUUCUGCUGCUUGAUAUGUCAUGUAUGGGAUUAUUUAUUGUUGUUUAAGCCAUAAAAUAUUUAUUUUAUGCUUUACAUCCAAGAUCAAGUGUUGCUCAUAGCUUCACACCACAAGCCAUAUGAAAGCAGACAUGAAUCCAGUCUCACUUUAGUUUUUAUUUCCAAUAAAUGGGACAUAUACAAGUUAAACUCAUUCUGCACACAACACUAUUAAAAAGGUGACGCCAGAGCAUUUACAGUGCACACAGACUCACAACAUAUCUGUUCAGUUAAUGCAUAUAACACAUUCAGGAGCACGGAGACAGCAGAACGGGUUCUUUGCAGCAGAAACAGGAACAUUUCCAACCAGCUGAACCAAAACCCAGAUGCAGAACACAGAGAAGAAGGUGCAGAUUUUAUCAGGAAGUUUAUUAACGCAGCAGGAAGAUUAAGGUCACCUGGUUGGAUUGGGGGUCAGACUGUCCAGCAGGAGGCUAGAGUGGAUUUCUGGUGUUAUUUAUGAUAAGGUGGAGGGAAGUCAUGAGCAGCCUAGAGUAGUAGUGAGAUUGUUGGAUAGAGCUAAGCCAGUUGACAGUGGCAGUGGAGGGAUCCAGGGAAUCAGGAAUGUCAAUUCAGGAAUUCUCUGGGAGAAACUGAAACGGGGCUCAGUCAGAGGUGGGAACAAACUGGAUUGUAGAAUAAUAACUGCUGAUAUGUUCAGAUUAGACUGAUAUCAAGUUGCAGCAUGGUGAGGUAGAAGGAGCUGCACUGGACUGGAUCAUUUGAAGAAGCUGAAGCCGCUCCUGUGAUAGAACAGGCUCAGAAAAACUGACCUAAAACCAGCCGAGGAUGGACUUCCU